CCAGACAUCUCGCGCUCCGGUGCCUAUACAUCAUUAUGAUGAUGCGCAUGCAUAUAUUUUGCCCGCGUCUCCAGUGAAAGCUCGAGUGAGAGUUUCGGCAGCCGAGUGAAUGUGUGCCAGAUAGAGCGUAUGCGAUUACGAAGAACAGUCAAGUGCGUGCGCGCGUGCACGAGCGUGUCAAUUAUCGAGUGCAGUUGAAGGAGAGGGAGCAAAAGGAAAAAAAGAAAAGAAACAACAACAGUGCGCGUCCGAGCGAGUGUGCUGCUUUUCACACAUUGAAUACUAUCGAGUGCUGGGCGAAGAGAAAAAAAAGAGUAAAAUAAGAAGUUCGUCAGGCGUAAUUCCCCGUGGGCUCUUGACCACACACAGAGCGAGCUUCGAAUUCGCGUGCGGCGAGAAGCGGAGGUAUUCGAUUAAACGCGCUCGAGGCAGCGAUAAGGCUAUAUCCUCGAAGUAGUCGCCGGAACGAACUGCACGUUGAGAAGCGCAUAGUCAGUGCGGAGCAGUUAGUAACCGUCCGCGAGUUUGUUUAUCAAACGUUUCUCUCUCUCUCUCUCUCUCUCUCUCGCUCUCUCACUCGCUCUAACCCAAGUCUUGCUAGAGUGCUUCGACACGCAGCUGGAGCAGAGAAGCUCUCGUGUUGUUGUUCUCUGUCUCUCUCUCUCUCUCUCUCUCUCUCUCUCAUCUAUAUCUAUACGUCGCGAUGCAACGCGCAUUCACGUAGAGACACGUCGCACCGUAGCGUUAAACUUCUAUCUCUUGCCCACUCUUGCUCUAUCUCUCCUCUCUCUCUCUCUCUCUCUCUCUCUCGCUUGCCUCUCGAGCUCAACGAGUUUUCGAGUUUAAUUAACGGCGAGCUUUGCGAGACACGAGCGUAUCCGGAGUACGAGUGGGAAAGAGCGAGGCGAAAUUCUUCUUCUUUUAUUUUAUUUGCCAGCAUGCACGCCGCCGAUGAGAGAGCGAGAGAGCGAAAGAGGGAGCGCUAGAGAGUGAGCUUUUAUGAAGGUGACAAUGCCAGUUGAGCUACCCGCUCGCGAGUUUCGCUCUAUAAUCGCUCGCUUUUAUAAUAAUGCGGUUUGUCGAGAGGCGCAUUCAACCGAUUUAAUUGCUUUAUUUACUCUUUUUCGCUUCUCUUAGGGCCUUCGUAACCGAUAAAUAUUUACUAUAUACGUGCUACACAGUGUCCAAUAUACUGUUUUUGUUUACCUGCUCCCUUUCCGCGGUUAAUGUGUAAUUUACCAUCUAUUUUUCUGUGACAUGUAGAUACAUCUAAAGCACCGUAGUUCAUCCAGUGAGUUAUUGUUCAGUGCGUGAAAACGAUACACACAUCCACAUGGAAAGUAUUGCAUCGCAUCGGCUAAGCCGUUCAAUAAUAACCCAAGAUUUUUCAAAUAAACAAAAGUAAAAAUAAUGAGCGACAUGUGCGCGCGUAAAGCCAGAAGAAAAAUUGCAACAGCCGCGAUAAGCCGCAUUAUCUAGAAAUAACAGCAUAUACGCGCAGUGAACUCGUUGCUCAAGAAUGAUGAUAAUAACUACUGGAAGAAGAUUUUAAUAAAUAAACAAUUAUUAUGAGGAGUUUAGCAUUAGCUUUGAGCUUGCUCUUUGCCGUGUACGGCAGAUGCUGGAGCGACGAUGACGAGCAGCAGCAGCACCUGGAGCACGAUCUCGAGCCGCUGAAUCGAGGCCCGUACUUCGACACGUCGGUCUCGCACAACGUCACAGCCCUCGUCGGCAAGACGGCGCUGCUUCACUGUCGAGUUCACAACUUGGGUGAUCGCACGGUGUCAUGGGUGCGGCAUCGGGACAUACACCUGCUGACGGUGGGCACGUCGACCUACACGUCGGAUCAGCGCUUCGUGGCGACGCACUAUCCGCGCACCGAGGACUGGACGCUUCAGGUCAAGUACCCGCAGCAGCGAGACUCCGGCACGUACGAGUGCCAAGUAUCCACGACGCCGCCCAUCGGCCAUUUUAUGCAUCUCUCCGUCGUUGAGCCAGUGACGGAAAUCCUUGGAGAUAGCGACAUGUAUAUAAAUCGAGGCAGCACGAUGAAUCUCACUUGCGUCGUGCUGCACAGUCCCGAGCCACCGCCUGCCAUUGUAUGGACGCACAAUACACAGGAGAUAAAUUACGAUAGUCCGAGGGGCGGAGUGUCGGUAAUAACGGAGAAGGGCGAGCAGACGACCUCGUAUCUGCUGAUACAGCGAGCGCAGGCUGCGGACAGCGGAAAGUACACCUGCCAUCCGAGCAACGCCAACACAAAAACCGUCACCGUUCACGUGCUCAAUGGUGAGCAUCCAGCGGCCAUGCAGCACGGCGGUCAGCUGAGACUCAGCAAUCCACCCUUCGUCGUGAUGCUAGCGACUCUGCUGGCUUUUCGCAAUCAUCGCCACUGAAGAGGAGACUCAAAGAGACUAAAGCUCUGUCGCACAUUUUUGCCGGAGCUGCUAACGCGCGACGCCGCUGUCGCUGCUACUACUAUCUACUGCGACGCUACGUGUGUGUCUCUCGUCGUGCAGCCGAGCUUCUCUAUCCGCUACAUCUAUACUACAGCACCCACACACGUACGGGGACGUGCAAGAGGAGCAAACGUGUACAUACGCCGCUAGACUAGGUCAGCCUGGAGCUUUAUACUUGCGAUCGAUCCAACGGAAUCGGCUGUCGAAUCUGUGGGUUACAUGCAUACAAAGUAUACAGCACGCCAGUGUCUGUGUGCGUGCGCCUCUCUGCGUCUCCCCGACAGUGUAUAUGUGUGUGUGUGUGUCUAUACGGAUAAACUGACAGUGACGACGCACCUUUUUUAUUUCCUCAUCGAAUGCGCACGACGUUAUAUAUAGGUACACAGCCGACGUGCAAAAUUGAAGUAGCGCUGCAGUGCGCGAAUUCAAAAUGUGACCGCCGCCGCAUGCCGCAGAGCAACUAUGCGCCAAGAACAAGAAUAACAAGAGAACUUGCGGCACAAGAGGAUAAAUGCAGCGCGAGGAAAAUAUAUAUAUAACGUGGUUUAUAUGCUGUAUAGCACAGUGUCAGAAGUGGCGGCACAUCUUGCGCUCUAUACGUGCGUGCGUAUGUAUAGGUAAUACAGCCACGCCUGCAGCGAGCUUAGCAGCGAGCAAAAAUUUUUGUCGACGGGCUUGGAUAAAUAUGCGAAAUUGCUGGUAGGAUGAAAAUAAAAGACUUUUUCUCGGCUGGAAAAUGUUCAAUAAUCUUUGAUUCUCCGUAUCGAUCUAUAUAUUUAUAAAUAAUAAUGUUUAAUAUUACAUAAGUUCGGCGAUAAGUACGUAUGAUUAUACGUGCGCGACUUUCAGUAUACGUUGACGUGUGUGGCAAUAUAUCUUGAGUGUGGCGGAAUUGAAGUUUCCGUAGACGAGUGUGCGCGAGGAUGUUGUGUGUGUGUGUGUGUGUGUGUGUGUAUACAGUGCAGCAGCGUCUCUAUGUAUAGUCCUCGAUUAACGGAGGAAAAAAUAUAUUAUGCAUAUACACUUGACAGAAUUCCGAGAAAAAAAAUAGUUACUCGCGAUUCGAUCACGUGUAUGUAUAAGCAACCGUUUUUUUUCGUUCAUGUUGUGCAUUGCAAAGUUACCCGUACUUUGUGAGCGAGUGUGUAAAUCGCGUUUAUUGUCUGUUUUUUAUUCGACUACGUCUUAAAUUGUUUCGCAUUUCCAUAAAUUUUAUUGUAUGGCUCUCCACGUCGCUGGGAUGCGAGUGUGUAUAUCUUGUAUUUAUUUUUCCGUUUCACUGUUUUAGAUUUACAAAAAGAUAAGUAUUGCAUUAUUGUGUCGAAGAAAAAAAAAAAUUUUAUAACGUUAGAGUAACGUGAUUGUUUGAUUGCUGAAUAAAUAAAAGUAUUUAUGGGACUUUGUGGUGUUUUAUUACAAAGGCCGAAUGUUGAUUCCGAAUUGUGACAUCGAUAUAUUAAAUGUAUACAUUUUCAAAAUUUAAUGAAUCAUCCAUUUUAUAAAAUACAAAAUAUAUUAUAUGUUUAAUCGAUGUCAAACUCACUUUAACCGACAAUUUUUAAAAUAAUAAUAAAUCGUAGAACGACGAAUAAUUUUGUAAAUACUACAUGUAAAAUAUGACAAAGGUACAGUGUGUGUCGACAAAAAUAAAAACAAAACGAAAUCGGAAAAUAACAGGAUACCUAGGUAAAGAUUUUACUUUUUGCCUGCCUCUCUAAUUAUUCUUUUACAAUGCGUCAUUGUCGAGUGGCAAUACGUUGUACAUUACAUUGAUAACGAAAAAAAAAGUUUAUUGAUCACGAGUCAGAUUUUAAACUCAAAGAAAAAAGCCUAAUGGAAUGUGGGUUAUACUUAAAUUGGGAACAGUGUGGUACAAUACGAUCGUGCAUAAAUCCAAGGUUACACCAUCGGAACGUGAUAAAAGAGCUAUAAUUCAUUUUAAUAAUCAAAUCCAUUUACCUAAUAGGAGAGGAAUUUUUUAUCACUCAGUACAAUGAUGUUAUGUUAAUAAGUAGCAAAAAUUGAAAAUUACCUGUAAAAAUACACUUGUUCCUCGACGUUAUUACAACAAACAGGUAAACAAAUUCUUCAAUAUUCAAUAAUAAUAAUCAGUACUGUUAUGGUAAUGCGCGCAAGUUGAUGAAUAAAAUGCAACGAACAUUUUUAAUAUCGAAUACCUCCGUGUUAAGGAAAAGUAACAGGCUAUAUUUCUGCAAUUUUUCAG